CCAUCACUUGGUCCCAUCUAAAAAGACUGUUUCCGUUCCAAUGCAAUUGUGAGUUGCGCUGCAUGACCAAGCACGCAGUUCGGUUUUCGAUGAUGUCUCGAAGUGAUUAUUUCUGAGUUCACAUUGCCAGAUUUCUGCAGAACAUAAUACUUCGUACAAGCGUCUUACAGAUUAGGUUGGUCUCUUUGGUGAACGAAAAUGGAAUCUAUGGAUGCGCGUCUUGUGGCGCAAGCGUUGAACUACCAUGGCCAGCAGUUGCAGAAAGUAUGGGAAGGAGAGCGCAAUGAAAAUGAACUGGUUAUGCUCAAUCUCAAGGAUCCAAGUUUUGAAAUCUACCAACAACGACAAAAAACUUUGAGUUUUGGAGAUAGAGGCAAACGUCUAAAACUUCAACAAUUCCUUGCUAAAAAAGCUGAUGCCUUGUAUGAUAAAUCAAAUUUGGAGAAAACUACAGAAUGCAUUAAGCAACAGCUAGGAGAUGAAGAAUUUUAUGCUACAGUACCAGGACUUGAUACUUUUGUCACUAUGGAGAAGUCUCAGCGUAUUCGUAACUUUUUGGAGAGUUUAGUAAUUGGAGAUGUAAUUUACGCGCAAGUAAUGGGUAAAAGUGCUGCUGGUCUGCUUCUGAAGGUGCUUUGCAACUGUAGUGACUGUCCUCGAGUUGUUACUGAAUUGGGAGUUAAGGCAUUGAUAUUAAAUACGGCCACUAUGCCAGCGGUGGACAAGAAAGGUGUAACGAGGGGCUACAUGGCAAAUGAUCUCGUCUGCGUCGUAGUGAGUGAAGUUAACGUUGAGGCGGAACGAGUUGUUGCAGUUAUGAACACAGAGCCCCGUGAGGGGCAAGCACCACAUCCACCUAUGGGACUUAUCCAUUCUGAUGAUCUUCCGGAAGCUUAUAAGAAAGCAAUGGACAACAAAGGACAGAGUUAUGAAACGCUGUUGGAGAAUAGUACAGGCUUCAACAAUCCAAACAACAUAAAAUAUCUGUGCGACUUAAUCGGCCUCGGACAAGAGAAUCACUCUAACAUGGUUGGCUUGAGAGAAAGAUUCCCACCUAACGAAUAUGCUUCUGAGUUGAGACAAACACAGGCGAGCAAAUGGGCAUUCCGAAGUGUCGCAGAGGGUAUAGAUCAUUUUAAGGCUGGUCGUCAUUCUGAAGCUUUCCAGUGCCUCAACAAAGCACUUACUGUUGACCCUCGUAACGUCGAGGGCUUAGUCGCUCGAGGAGCAUUAUAUGCAAAUAGUGGAAGUUUCAAGAAGGCGAUCGACGAUUUUGAGACCGCGCUAAAAUUAAAUCAAACACAUAUAAAUGCUCGUAAGUAUAUGGCAGAAACGCUCGUUGCGCUCGGUCGCAGUUAUGAAGAUGAGAAGAAGUACGAGGAUGCUCAGAAAGCAUAUGAGAAUUGUUUGGCGAUUGCUCCAUAUCAUGAAGAAGCACGAAAUUCUAUCGAAUAUGUAAAAUCUAAAACUCUCACAGCAUCGUUGAAUCCUCUCGAUACUUUUAAAAAUUUUGAAGCCGAAAACGACGUUGUGGAAAAUAAAAAAGAUAAGAAGAAGCGCAAGAAGGAAAGAAAAUCUAGAUCAAAAAAAAGACAAAGAUGGAGUUCCAGCUCAAGUUCUUCAUCCAGCGGAUCCUCAAGCUCUUCGAGUUCAGAUUCAAGCAGCUCAUCGUCGUCUGGAAGCUCACGAUCCGUUUCUCGUUCGCCUAGUCGCAAACGAAAGCAUAAGAAAGAUCACCGCAGUUCGCUUUCUCCGCUUAGUAAGCGAAUGGCACAAUAUAACAAUCCUCCAGCUGCGGCUACUACCACUCAUGAUACAAUUGCACCAGCUUCUUAUACCACCAACACCCGUGAGAAAAUGGAUGACUAUGAAAUCAAAGUACGCAAGUUUCUUGAACAAACCAAGGAUGAUUCUGAUUAUGAAGAUAAGGUAAGAAAAUUUUUGGAAGAGACAGCAAGAUGGAAGAGAGAAAGAGAGAAGGAAAAGAAACACUCCGAAAGCGAAAAAUUAAAAAAGAAGAAGAAAAAGGAGAAGAAAGGAAAGGAUAAGGAAAAAGAGGAUAAGAAGAGUCGAAAAAAGAAGAAGAAGGAAGAGCGUAAAAAACGUAAAAACAAGGACAAGCUUGAACGAGAUUUAGAAGCACUGAAAAAGUCAUCUUUACCGGACUUGGAACAAUUAGAAUCCAAACUUAAUGCUUAUUAUGCGAAAGUUGAGAAAGACUGUGCGGCGCUAAAAAGGUAUGUAGCACAGUAUAAUGACAUACCUUCCCCUCUUAGCAACGCGGAGAAGCUCGCUGAGAGUUCGCGCAGAGAGGAAGAGCUGCGCAGAGAGAGGGAGAGGGAGAGAGACGAAGCUUCGAAGGCGUAUCACGAGAGAGAACCUAGAGUACCGAUGACUGCGCAACAAAGGAAAGAAAUCCAGAGGAAACCUUUAACAGACAUAUUUGAACAAGAGUCCCAACUAAUUCAUCCGGAACCGAAGCUCCCUACACUAGAUACCGCCGCAUUGAAUGCUAAGUGGAAGGCUGCUCAAGCUGCUAGACAAAAGGACGUACCUUCGCAAAAAUGGCAAGAAGUGGCAGAGAGCAAAAAGCUGCAAUCUAACGUCUUCGUGGACAGCGACGAGGAUGACGACAACGAAUUAGAGGAAAGGAUUCAACGCGCGGCUCUCGAGAAGUCUUUGAACAUACGUAAACAGAUGCAACGUGAGCUUGCCGAAAAAAGGGCAACACCAGCACAGCCAAUGUCCGCACCGACGCCUCCACCACCAUUGCCCAAAGAGCCGCCAAUGCCAAAGCAAGCGCCUGUCAAGUAUCCUACGCCACAGCCGCAAAAUAAGUUUCAGUCAUACAAGGACCCAUCUCUAUCUGUACCUCAAACCACACCCACCAAGUUCAGUUCCAGCAAUAAUUUGGGUGGCAAAUUUCAACCAAUUGGCCAAAACAGCGGAACCGGACAUCCGCCGGAACCACCACGUCCACCACCAUCGACGAAGAAUCAAAAUCAAGCCAAAGGUCCGAGAACUGAUUCUGAUAGUGAAGCCGAACGUCAGCAUCGGCAAACUCCGAAAAAACGCGAAUCUAAUAGCAGGGGCGGAGUGAAUAAGAGAAUGAGCAGAGAUCGUCCAGCGAAACGAUCUCGCAGUAGAUCUCGCAGCGCCUCCAGCUCGGGCUCGUCGAGAUCUCGAUCGCCAAGACGAAGUCGUUCACGAUCAUAUUCAAACCGACGAUCCGGAAGUUACGAAAGAAAGUACAGUAGAUCACCUUCGGGCACAUACAGUAGAUCGCGAUCAAGGUCACGGUCUAGAUCGUACACGAGAAGUCGUACUCGCAGUAGAUCGGGCGACAGGGGCUACUAUCGUAAGAGGCAAUUUCGGCCGUACAAUAAUCGCGGUACAUAUUAUAAGCCGCGUUUCCAAGGAUUCAACAAUCCAAACCAUCGUGGCGGCGGUAAUAAUUUCCAGAACCGGAACCGUUUUUACAAUAAUCAACAUAACAAUCGUUUCGGUAAUCGACGCGGUGGCGGUUUCAAUAAUCGUGGUGGUGGUCGCGGUCGUGGCAACCGUGGUGGUAGAUUCUUCCACGGUAAGCAAGGCUUCCGCGAUUUCCGUGACAGACGAGAUUUCAGAGAUCGACGCGCGACAUCGCGUGAUCGUUAUAGCGAUCGCAGCUACUCGCCAGAUCCAAUGCGAAAGGUUGACGAGGCGAAGGAAAAGAUAAACAAGAUGCUCGAAGGUGGUGACGAUGUUGAACAUCAGCAAGGUAGCGGUGGCUCGACAGUGCCGCCCAACAAGAGACAAGCUGGACCCUUGAGUGAGGGCGAGGAAAGAGACGAUGAUGACUAUGAGAGGUGGGGAGAGGGGGAGGGGGGCGACACAACUAAUAAGGUUGGUUAGGUUCUGUGUAGGCUUUCGUAAAAGAAUAGAUAAUCUUCUUCAUGAUGAUCAUGAUAAUCAUGAUAAUCCGGACGAUGAUAAAAGAAGGAAUAAUUGAUGAGAAUAAUAACAAUGAGGAUGGCAAUGAUGAUGAUGAAGAUGAAGAUGAUGAUGAUGGUGGUGGUGGUGACGGUGAUGAUAAUGAUGAUGAUGACGAUGAUAAAAAUGAUGAGGAUUAUGAUUAUGAUGAUGAUGAUGAUGAUGAUGAUAAUGAUGAUGAUGAUGAUGAUGAUGAUAAUCAGCCACAUGCGCGAGAAAACUCGAGUCAGGAGCCAACUAACUCUCGUUUGUUGCUAGAGUAAGGAGGUUGGACCUAUCAACGAUAACCUAGAAGGCAAGGAGUACUUCAUUGAGCGCAUGAAGCAGCGAAGCAAGAGUGUUUUAAUGCAGAGAGCCAUUGCAGCUAAGAUUUGGUAGAUACCACUGUCGUCGUCACCGUCGCACUGUUUCUUUGUUUCUCCUUCGUCUGUGAUAUAGUCAUUUUUCUCGAUCCGUAGUCAACGGCGCUCGAUCAUGUGAGACACCUAUACUUUCGUAGAUUUAGCACUGCUCACUCUUUCAAUGAACGUAUCUAAUUAAUUUAACCCACAUAUGGCGUAGCAAUAAUUAGGUGAUCGUUUAAUACUGUUUUAUUAAUACGCGAUAAACACUUAAUGAAACAUACAAUGGCGAGUGGCUUUUCAUCAUCAUACAUUAUCAGAAAAAAUAUCAAAUUUCUUUGUUUUAUUAUACAAUCUUUAUUCAUGUACAAGGCAGUCAUGAUAUUCUUAACAUUCUUAUUAGGGUUCCUACUAUUUUUGAUCAUAUGCAUAUAUGUGCAUAUUCUUGAAAAUCGUAGUCACUACAUGUCAAAGCAUAUAUACCAGUCUAUGUAUAUUGAAUUGAGUUUUGUGUAUAUUGAAUAUGCUUAUCCAUAAUAAAAAAAUUGAUGUAAUA